AUGGCAUCAGUAGAAUUCUGCCAACCAACUGACGCUGAUGUUCAGCUAACUCAAAAUGGCUAUAAUCAAGCUAACAUUCUUUGUCCGCGGUGUUCCAGCAUUGUUCUUCGUAAGAAUACAGCCAAGUUAACCAAUAAACAACACGAGUUACCAGUGUUGGCCAAGAAAUCUGACCUGUCCAAUCCUUCAAAAGCAUUUCCCACUGAAUUAACUCAAAACUUCUGGUGUGUUAAUGAUAUAUACACAUUUGAAAAUGUCGGAUUCACAAACAGUGUCAGUACGUUUCGUUACUUGACAUGUGCUGACUGCGAACUUGGACCGUUAGGUUUCCAUGACACUCAAGAAGGUCCGCCUAGUGCCUACUAUGUUGCCCUUACCCGUACUACAACUGAGGCUAAGUCGAAUUGUGAUCAAUGAGUAAUUUUUGACCAGACUAAUGGAAACUGUGAUGCUUCUUCGGGCAACUACUGUAACUCUGGAUUUUCAAUAUUUAAUUUGACAAAACAGUCACUAAGUUGCUCAGUUCCAACCUGAUUAAGCUUUGGACUACUGUAAAAUAAACAAUUAUAUGUGCUUUUCAUCUUAGUAUCACAUACAAAAACAAAUAUUUUUCUGCAUUUCGAUAUGAUAAUGUCAGUUUUGAUAA